UUCGAUCGUCGAUCACUGGCCUCUGCAGGGUGGCUGUGCAUGGCCUGGAACUGUCAACACUCACCGCGGCUCCACAGACAUUCAAAGCCGGAUUUCACAUCAUCUGAGGGGUCCCGCUCCGGUUCUUCUGAUGUCCAAAUACAAACUGUUCCUGCUGAGGCAUGGAGAGGGGGCCUGGAACAAAGAGAACCGCUUCUGCAGCUGGGUGGACCAGAAGCUGAGCGAGGAUGGGGUGAAGGAGGCCCAGGACUGUGGCAAGCUCCUGAAGGAACAGGGCUACAAGUUCGACUUGGUGUUCACCUCCAUACUGAGCCGUUCUAUCCAAACCGCCUGGCUGGUGCUGGAGGCUAUGGGCCAGGAGUGGGUACCUGUCGUCAAGUCUUGGAGACUGAAUGAGCGACACUAUGGCUCCCUGAUUGGCUUGAACCGCGCAGAGAUGGCUUUGCAACACGGAGAGGAAAAAGUGAGGUUGUGGAGAAGGGGCUACGACAUCACUCCGCCCUCGAUCGAGGAAUCCCAUCCUUACUUCCAGGUAAUCUACAACGACCGCAGGUACACCACUUGUGACGUGCCGAAGGAGAGCCUUCCCCGAGCAGAGAGCCUGAAGGAGGUGUUGGACAGGCUGCUGCCAUACUGGGACAGCACUGUGGUGCCAGAGAUAAGGAGAGGCAGGACUGUGCUGGUUUCUGCUCAUGGAAACAGCUGCAGGGCCCUGCUGAAACAUCUGGAAGGUAUAUCAGACGAGGACAUUGCCAGCGUCACUCUGCCCACAGGAAUACCUGUGCUGCUGGAGCUGGAUGAAAACCUCAGGCCUGUGAAACCACGACAGCUCUUAGGAGACCAGACGAAGAUUCAGGCAGCCAUUAAAAAGGUGGAGGACCAGGGAAAAGCCAGACCAUCAACAUGAAUGCACUAAACUGGCUGUGAGACUGAAUAUAGCUCUGUUCAUGUUUCUACAGAGUCUCUUUGAAAUACUCAAAAUGUAGACGAUACCAACAGCAUCAUUUUAUUGUGGGUACGAUGAACAGAACAGGAGUACGUUUUAAACCCCAUUAAGACCUGGUAUUAAUGUCUCAGGUGAUCAGAUCACAAGUGGAAGCUUUAAAUACAAAGUACUUUAGUACAAAGUAUUUUAGUAUCAGUGUUUCCCAUCACUUGAUUUAUGUGUGACCAUCACCACAAUAUCUCUCGCUCUUUAUCUCUACAGACACACACUCACAAACGCAUUGACAAUGUUCCGUCUGUGUACUCGGAUUACCUAAAAAAUCCUAAUUCGAUUUUUUGGUCAGCAAGAAUGACGUAUGUAAUUAUGUGAUGCAUAUGGAACCAGGGCCGGGUCUAGACAGGCAUGUAUGAGGGGGCAGCCACAAAUCUUGAGGGGGCAUUGUGCCUAACCCUAACCCUAACCCUAUUUAGUUUGAGGGGGCACAACAUUUAUUUGAGGGGGCCAGGCCCCCUCUUGCCCCUGCCUAGACCCGGCCCUGUAUGGAACCAGAAAAGUUUUUAUCAUUUGUGUUCACUCUUCAUGCAUGUGGAGACACACUCUAAUAUCAGGUGUGCACUGUAACUAGAGAAAUCCAUUUGUGAUCAGCUCUCUUGAGACAUGUGAAAAGCACCAGGUCUGAACGUGGCCAUACUGUGAAGUUACUGUAUGUGAAAUAGUGUCCUGACCUAAAAAACAGGAUGUGGGUGAUACAGGUCUGACUGGUUCUUCUGGCGCAGGAGGAAGUCCAGAAAUGUACUGUAAUGUUUCAGCACUGUGUUAUCUGUAAGCACUGAGCAAGUGAUUGGUUCAAAUGUUAAUUUUAAGCUAAUUUUCCCUAUACAUGACUGUAUAGGGACCCUAAAGUUGUUAUUUAUUUACUUAUUGACUAAUGUACAGAUUAUUAGUAAUGUGGUGAAGAUUACAAUUUUUGAAACAGAUCCUGUUCUGUCAGAAGAAAAUUACGCUGCGUUGCUCAAUGAUGCUUUUCUACACUGAUAAACUUAUAAUAGUAUAACUUUGCAUUUAAAAAAUGUGCCUUCGCUAUUAAUUCGGUUAUUUGUGACCUUGUGAUUUUAUUUGCUCUUAACGAACUUUACCUCAUCAAAACUGAAAGGCAAACUGGAGAUUGGGGUAACUGUGAGCCACAGAAUGCUGUGUCAUAUAAAAUGUCCUACUUAAAAUUGUAAGUAUGACAGCUGAAGUGGGGAAUAUAUUAGCUUUAUUCUGUAUAAUACAUUAAAUCUUGAGUUUAAAACAAUGGCUGACAAAUGUGGUUGUGUGUCAUAUUUGGAGGAUUUUAAAUUCGUCUCCCAUUACAAAAAAAGGAAAAACCAUGAAUUUUAAAUACCAUUAUUUUGGAUAAAUGUAAUGGCAGAUAAAAAAAAAAAAGCACUAUCAUGAUUUGAAUUUCAAAUUCUAAAGUAUUAUCCUACAUGUGCGAUUAUGUGAUGUGGGUGAAAGGGUUGCAAAGUCCUUGUGAGUCUGCACAUUAUCUCUUACAGCACUAUCUUGUCCUAUUAUGUUGAUGCGGUGUGUGUGGUGCAGGCUACUGACUUGAAUGUUUCAUUGUGUCUAUUGUUUGUAACUGCACUGUGUAUCAUUUGUGUUUUCUGUUUGUGUUUUCUCUGCCACUGUUAAUGUGUACACUGGUCUGUUAGGUCAACAGAGGAAGGAGGAUAAGUUAAGAACAUAACUGUUUGAUACUAAAGGGUAGAAAAGACUCAUAUUUUUUAUUUGAUGUAGGAUCAUAAUUUAAUACCUCCCCUCUUGUCUGCACCUUAUGUAUCAUGAGAGAAUCAUCAUGAUUGAAUAAAGGGAAUAAAUAUUUCCUAAAA